CUGCUGGCUGCCUCUGGGAACCUAAAGGAUGAGCUGAAACUCCGCAGCUGUUACUGUUACCAGCGCUAAUCACUGGGGCUUUGGGUUUGGCCGGAAGCCCCUUUCCCUGCGCCUGGUCCCAGCUCAUUUCCUGUCCGGCUCCGCGCGUCGAGCAGUGACCUGGCUCUGCAGGCAGGCGGCCCAGGCGCCCGGGCCUGUGGUGUCUACCUGAAGAACAUUUUACUUUAAAAGGAAAAGAUGCUAUCUCCAAAUGAUAAAAAGUUAGAAAAGCUGGAUCCAUUUUAUCGACCUUCUAUGUCCAAGCAGAAGACCAGCGCAGAAAUCAUAAGUGAAGCACGAAAUGCAUUAAGAACAGUUGGGACGCAAAGACCAUUUACACCACGGGAAGACCAAAGAAAACUCUUUGGUCCUGCAUCUUCCAGAACACCGGAAAACAGACCUCCUUCUUCCUUCAGCCUCCAUGCAUCCAGUUUUGAGUCAUCUGAGUCCAGGCCCAUCUCUGGUGCUCGUCUCAGUCCACUAGAUUUUAAACCGAAAGCUCCGGCAUCUCCCACCGUGGAGGAGGAUCCUUGCCUUGCCUUUCCCAAGCCCCCAGUGGACCCAGCGAAGAUCAGAAGACUAAGCAGUGCCCGGGCUCGCUUAUUCAGGGCGGCCUCCCAGGGGGCCCUGCUGCCCGACAGGACCCUGCCUCCUGCUGAGUCAAAGACGACGGUGGCACCCGAGGAAACAGUUGUGAUGGGGGACCCUAUGGUGAAAAUAAAUGGGAUUUAUUUAACAGAAUCAAGAGCUGUUGGCUGCUUACAGAGUCACCCACUUCAGCUAACUUAUGACGGAGGCUUCAGUGAAAUCGAGAAGCAAGAAAUGUUCAAAGGGACAACCACCUUGCCAUCCCAUCUCAGAAGUGGAGGGGACCAGGGGAAGAGGCGUUCAAGAGCCUCAUCUUGUUUCAACAGCUCAGACCUGAGCCGACUGGAAACCAGAGCAGCCUCAAAAGCUGACGUGCAAGAAAAGGAGACAGAAAUAGAAGUAGACGAAGUCUUUUGGAAUACAAGGAUCGUACCAAUUUUGCACCAAUUAGAAAAGGAAGAAAACAUUGAAACGAUUUGUGCUGCUUGCACACAACUUCAUCACGCUUUAGAGGAAGGAAACAUGCUUGGAAAUAAAUUUAAGAGAAGAAGUGUUCUCCUGAAGACCCUGUAUAAACUAGUUGAUAUUGGUUCAGACUUGCUCAGCCUUAAACUUGCAAAAAUUAUUCUAGCACUUAAAGUGAGUAGAAAGAAUCUUCUUAAUGUCUGCAAACUUAUAUUUAAAAUUAGCAGGAGUGAGAAGAAUGACUUUCUGAUUGAGAAUGACAAUAUUCUAGAAUCAUUAUUGGAGGUCCUGAGAAGUGAGGAGCUACAGACGAACAUGGAAGCUUUCCUAUACUGUAUGGGGGCUAUCAAGUUCAUUUCUGGAAAUCCACGAUUUCUCAAUGAAAUGAUCAGCAAAGGUGCUGUGGAAAUAUUGAUGAAUUUGAUCAAGCAGAUAAACGACGACACCAAGAAAUGUGGCACCUGCUUGCCUAACUCAGGCCACUUACUAGUCCAAAUGACGGCUACACUCAGAAACUUGGUUGAUUCACCACUAGCAAGAAGUAAGUUGCUGAGCAUCAGUGCCCUUCCCCAGCUCUGCACGGUGAUGGGACAAUACAUGGCUGACAAGGAUGUCUGCACCAAUAUUGCCAGAAUAUUCAGCAAACUUACUUCUUACCAUGACUGCUGUGUAGCCUUGGCCAACUACUCCAGAUGUUACGCCUUGUUUUUGAAACUGAUAAACAAAUACCAGAAGAAACAGGAUUUGGUCGUCCGCAUUGUCUUUAUUCUCGGCAACCUGACGGCGAAAAAUAACCAGGCUCGCGAACAGUUUUCCAAAGAGAGGGGGAGCAUCCCGACCCUGCUGGCGUUGUUCCAUGCAUUCUACAAACUGGACCUGUGUGCGGAGAAGCCGAUGGCGGGAGCCGAGCAGCCCCAGACGCCCAGGCCGCGGGCCCAGGCGGAGGACGUGCUCAUCAAGCUGACCCGGGUGCUCGCCAACUUAGCCAUCCACCCUGGCAUCGGCCCUGCGCUGGCCGCCAACCCGCACGCCGUGGGCCUGCUGCUCACCACGCUGGAAUACAAGUCAAUUGAGGAUUGUGAGGAGCUGGUGAUCAAUACUACAGCCACAAUCAACAACUUAUCUUACUACCAAGUGAAGAAUUCUGUAAUUCAGGACAAAAAGCUAUAUAUUGCUGAAUUGCUCAUAAAGCUUCUUGUGAGUAAUAACAUGGAUGGAAUCUUAGAGGCUGUGCGUGUUUUUGGAAACCUCUCCCAGGACCAUGACGUCUGCGAUUUCAUUGUGCAGAAAAAUGUUCACAAGUUCAUGAUUGCCCUGCUGGAUGCCAAGCAUCAGGAUAUUUGCUUUUCUGCCUGUGGCGUUCUCCUAAAUCUCACUGUGGAUAAAGAAAAGCGUGCCAUCCUAAAAGAAGGAGGUGGCAUUAAAAAGUUGGUGAAUUGUUUAAGACAUUUUGGUCCCACCGAUUGGCAGCUGGCCUGCUUGGUUUGCAAAACUUUAUGGAACUUCAGUGAAAAUAUCACCAAUGCUUCAUCGUGUUUUGGAGAUGAGGACACCAACACGCUCUUAGUCCUGCUGCCAUCAUUUUUAGAUGAAGAACUAGCACUGGACGGCAGUUUUGACCAAGACCUAAAAAACUAUCACAAACUCCAGUGGGAAACAGAAUUCAAACCUGUGGCACAGCAGCUUCUAAACCGAAUUCAGAGUCAUCACACCUUCCUGGAACCCCUGUCUAUUCCUUCUUUCUAACAUGACGCAGCUUCACAGAAACAGGAAGUCAGGUCUCCUUCAUUCUUAAGCAGUGGUAACAAGCACAAACAUUUGUUUCUUGGUAUUGACAAAUACUGAAAGUUUUUC